AUGGCAGACAGCGUCAAACUGCUGGAUGCUCCGGCCGCUCACACGAGGGUCGCCCCUAUCUCAACGCCUGCGUCAUCCAAGUCAAAAAAGGUGCACUAUCCGUUCUGGUUUGGCGGUUCCGCGUCAUGCUUCGCCGCCGCAGUGACGCACCCUUUAGAUCUAGUCAAGGUCCGAUUACAAACACGCGCACCGGAUGCGCCGCGGACAAUGGUGGGCACAUUUGGGCAUAUCUUGCGCCAUAAUGGAUUUACUGGGCUGUACAAUGGGCUCUCCGCCGCCCUUUUGCGUCAGAUCACAUACUCCACCACAAGAUUCGGUAUCUAUGAAGAGCUGAAAUCACGCGUCGCCAAACCCUCCGCAGACUCAUCUUCUACCUCUCCCGGAUUCCUCACUUUGCUCGGCAUCGCCUGUACAUCGGGUUUCAUUGGCGGAUUUGUUGGUAACCCGGCCGAUGUGCUCAAUGUGCGAAUGCAGUCAGAUGCCGCUCUCCCGCCUGCGCAGCGCCGAAACUACCGCCACGCCUUCCACGGCCUGACCCAGAUGAUCAAGACGGAAGGUGUCACCUCUCUUUUCCGCGGAGUCUGGCCUAACUCCACACGCGCAAUUCUCAUGACGGCCUCCCAAUUGACCUCGUACGACAUCUUCAAGCGCCUCUGCAUCGAGAAAGUGGGCAUGAGUGACAAUGUGGGCACCCACUUUACAGCAUCCUUCCUAGCUGGAUUCGUUGCGACCACAGUAUGCAGCCCUGUGGACGUGAUCAAGACUCGAAUCAUGAGCGCAUCCGCGGCCGAGUCCCGGGGACAGAGCAUCGUGAGCUUGUUACGCGAUAUCUGCCGCAAGGAAGGCCUUGGCUGGACGUUCCGCGGCUGGGUGCCCAGCUUUAUUCGUCUCGGGCCUCACACCAUUGCUACCUUCAUCUUCUUGGAGGAACACAAGAAGCUCUACCGAAGACUCAAAGGCAUUUAA